CCUGGGUUGUGUUGGAUUUCAAAAACCAAAGUCUGACUGACCCGGUUCAAGAAAUGAUGAGGAACAAUCUGUCGCACCGCCAACUUGUUUCGUAACGCCCACUCCUUUCAGACCGCCCACUUCCAGACCCAUAUGACUCCAGUCACCGAAGAGCUACAUUAAUCCACUUCCUUGUUUAUAAUUUGAAAAGCAGAAGACCAGUCGGCUAACCGACCUCCUUGUUUAGAAGAAAUUGAAUGUAGAGGAAAUCCGUGGAAGUAAAAUGCAUGUGCGAAAAUGUACCCGUCCCAGUAUCGUAGUGCUACUCCUUCACAUGAUACCGUUAUUCAGAGCGGAGAGCCAGCCCCCCAACAUAGUAUUCAUCUUGGCCGAUGACUUCGGAUGGAAUGAUGUCGGAUAUCACAACUCAGAGAUCAAGACACCCAACCUAGACGCACUCUCUGCCACUGGCGUCAGACUGGAGAACUACUAUGUCCAGCCAUUGUGUACCCCCUCCAGGAAUCAACUCAUGACCGGGAGAUACCAGAUCCACACAGGCAUGCAGCACCAGAUCAUCUGGCCGUGCCAGCCAUACUGUGUUCCACUUGAGGAGAAGCUGCUGCCUCAGCUCCUGAGGCAGGCCGGCUAUGACACCCACAUGGUGGGGAAGUGGCACCUGGGCAUGUACAGGAAGGACUGCCUGCCCACCCGACGGGGCUUCGACAGCUUUUUUGGCUACCUGACCGGCUCUGAGGACUACUUCAGUCACGUGCGCUGCCACCCCCUCCCCUCCAAACUCACCCGCUGUGCUCUGGAUCUGAGGGAUGGGGAAGAGAUUGCCACGGGAUACGAAGGACAAUAUUCCACUGAGCUGCUGACUGAGAAAGUCGUCAAGAUUAUAUCCAAUCAGGAUCCCAGGAAGCCCGCCUUCCUGUACGUGGCGCUGCAGGCCGUCCACAGCCCCCUCCAGGUCCCCGAGCGCUACAUGGCGCCGUAUGCCUUUAUCGAGGACCCUCGCCGCCGGCUGUACGCGGGCAUGGUGUCGGCCAUGGACGAGGCGGUGGGGAACAUCACGGCGGCGCUGCGGGAGACGGGCCUCUGGAACAACACCGUCCUGGUGUUCUCAACAGACAACGGCGGGCAGACCCUCUCGGGGGGGAGCAACUGGCCACUGCGGGGGAGAAAGGUCUCUCUGUGGGAGGGUGGGGUCAGGGGCGUGGCUUUCGUGGCCAGCCCUUUGCUGCAGCGACCCGGGACCGUCAGCCGGGAGCUCCUCCACGUCUCGGACUGGCUCCCCACCCUGGUGGGUCUGGCGGGGGGGACGCUGAACGGGACAAAGCCCCUGGACGGCUUCAACGUGUGGAAGACCAUCAGCCAUGGCAGCGCCUCGCCCCGGGUGGAGCUGCUCCACAACAUCGACCCUCUGUUUGUGGACAUGGGAGCAUGCCCGGGGGGGGGUGAGGGGUCCUCUAGAGAGGACCGGCGCUGGUCGUCUCUGGGCUUCAAUAUCUCGGUCCACGCGGCCAUCCGCUACUCCAACUGGAAGCUGCUCACGGGAUACCCGGGAUGUGCUGUGUGGUUCCCUCGGCCCGGGGGCCCCAACAGCACCAGGGCCGGGGCCCUGAAGCCCGUCAUGCUGUUUGACGUGGAGAGCGACCCCGAGGAGCGGGCGGAGGUGUCGGACAACCACCCCUCUGUGGUGGAGUUCCUCCUCCGUCGGCUCAACCACCACCAGAAAACGGCUCUGCCCAUUGUGUUCCCGGAGGAGGACCCCCGCUGUGACCCGGGGCCCACCGGUGCCUGGGGCCCCUGGGCCUAGAGGGCGAGGCUCUAGCCCCCCUGGGCCUAGAAGGCCUAGGGGACUAGGCUUCAGCCCCACUGGGCCUAGAGGGCCUAGAGGGCCUAGAGGGCCUAGAGGGCAAGGCCUGAGCCCCCCAUGGCCUAGAGGGCCUGGAGGGCAAGGCCUGAGCCCCCCUGGGCCUAGAGGGCCUAAAGGACUAGGCCUUAGCCCCCCUGGGCCUAGAGGGCAGGCCUGAGCCCCCCUGGGCCUAGAGGGCAAGGCCUGAGCCCCCCUGGGCCUAGAGGGCAGGCCUGAGCCCCUCUGGGCCUAGAGGGCCUAGAGGGCAAGGCCUGAGCCCCCCUGGGCCUAGAGGGGGAGGCUCCAGCCCCCCUAGGCCUAGAGGGCGAGGCAUCAGCCUCCCUGGGCGUACAGGGCCUAGAGGGCGAGGCCUCAGCCCCCCUGGGCCUAGAGGGCGAGGCCUGAGCCCCCCUGGCCUCAUUGAUCAGACUUUAGAGGGACAUCUGAAGACAGGCAAGCUGAAGUCUGCUGCACACGCCUCACUUUCCUCAUGUUACUGGGGGCCGGGAUCUGUUAUGCGUGAUUGGUGAGCACAACACACACAUAGAUAGAUAGAUGGAUAGAUGGAUAGAUGGAUAGAUAGAUAGAUAGAUAGAUACUAGGAUGGGUUGUGAGGGUUUGGAACAAGAAUACACUGAAUUCUUGCUUGGUGGCUUGAGGAUGAUAUGAGCUUUCAAACGGGGGGACAAUCAUCUUCAUAUUGUUGUUCAUAUUUUCUAUGCACUUUCAGAUAAUUGUUCUGUUAGGGCUACCCUAACCCUUAACAGUAAACACAGAAAACGUUUUGUAUUCAUAAUGUGUGUUUUAUAGUGUGUGCUUUAUUGAAAUGUGUUAUGGUUUUGGAUAAACCAAAUGCAAUCAAUUGGAAAUUAUAUUUCUUAUUCUGAUAAAUGUCCUCAUAAAACAGUCUAAUCGUAUUGGUUACUUUGGCUUAAUAAAUUAAUUUUUAUCAAACCCUUUUAA